AUGCAGAACGCGGAAGGCCAGGUACAGCAGGACGGCGCGUCCGCGUUGCACAGGGUCCUCUGCGCGGAAACGUUCGCGGAGAAGGAGCGCAGGCUCUCCGAGAUGAUCCUGCAACUGCAGCUGCUCAGGGAACAAUUGCUGCAACAGCAAGAUCAGUCGAAGCCGCCGAUCGCUACACCAGCGGUGAGGUGGUUGGCAAAAGCAUUUACCCACGCUCACCGUAGAAAAUUUCUUCAGCUCAGCCGCACGUGGACGUUGCACAUGAUGUUGCGCGAAACGCGUCCAUGUACAAAAAUCAGAAGACAGUUCGAAGAUCGAUUCUCUUACGCGGGUCAUAGAUCCCCGCCGGUCGAGCUGCCCCGCGAUCUAGCAGCGCGGGAUUUAUUUUCGGCUAAUCGAGGCCAGCAGAGAAAUUGA